UGGAACCACGGGCAUUAUGCUGUGUGCGCUGAUUCUCUUGUCUGGGCUCCUGGGGGCCUCCAAGGCCAGCCCCAUCUCGGGCCCCCAGGAGUGUGCCAAGGGCUCGGAGGUAUGGUGUCAGGACCUGCAGGCAGCUAUAAGGUGUCAGGCUGUGAGGUACUGCCAGAGUGCUGUUUGGAAUAAGCCCACAGCCAAGUCCUUGCCCUGCAGUCUGUGCCAGGAUGUGGCGGCUGCUGCUGGUAACGGGAUGAACCCAGACGCUACAGAGUCGGACAUUUUGGCAUCAGUGAUGAAGACCUGUGAGUGGCUUCCAAGCCAGGAGUCUUCGGCAAAGUGCAAGCAGAUGGUGGACAACUAUAGCCCAGAUGUCCUGCGCAUGCUCAGUGGAAUCCCAGGCACUGCCCUGGCUCCGGUAUGCACUGCACUCACUCUCUGUGAGCCACUACAGAGGUACCUAGCCACGACCACUUUGGAGAGUCUGCUGACCCCAGAGGAUGCAACUGAGGUGAUGGCUCCAUUCUUAUCCAACGGGGCCCUGAGUUUCCACCCAUCACAGAUGCCUGGGGGUGCCGUGUGCCGAGACUGUGUCCGGCUGAUCUCCCGUCUGCAUGGUGCUCUAGAGUCUAACUUGACCUUGGCUGAGAUAAAUGUCCAGGAUCAGUGUGAGUCCCUGGGACCUGGUCUGGCUGCCCUCUGCAAGAACUACAUCCGCCAGCAAUUUUUCCCUGCUGAGAAAACACUGCAGGUUCUCCCCCCACAGGAGGUCUGCAGGAAGGGGGGCUUCUGUGAGGAACAGAGAGAGCCUGCCCACCGACUGGGUCAAGUGGCCGCUGUGGAUGGAGUCCCCUCUCUGGAGCUGGGGUUGCCGAGGAAGAACGAGCUACAGAUGCAGUUGGGCCUGACCUGUGAUGUGUGCUUGAAUGUGAUCCAGGAGCUGGACAAGUGGCUCACGACCAACAGCACGGAAGCCCUCAUCAGCCACACCCUGGAGCGAGUAUGCUCCAUAAUGCCUGACUCUCUGGUCCAGCAUUGCAUCAACCUGGUGGACGCCUACAGCCCUAACUUAGUGGAGCUCGUGACCAGAAUCACCCCAGAGAAAGUCUGUGAGACCAUCAGGCUGUGUGGUAGCAAAAGGCAGGCCAGGUCCAUCUCCAGGGCUAAGACAACCACGCCACCCCUGCUGGUGGAUGAGGAAAACCAGGGAACCUUCUGCCACGGGUGCAAAAGGCUACUGGAUGUGUCUUCCCAGAAUCUGGACCGCAAGAGCACCAAACGAGACAUCCUGAAUGCCUUCAAAGGUGGCUGCCGGAUCCUGCCAUUGCCGUACGUGCUACAGUGCAACCGAUUCGUAGCGGAGUAUGAACCUGUGCUCAUAGAGAGCCUCAGGUUCAUGAUGGACCCCACAGACCUGUGCAAGAAGAUGGGGGCCUGCCACGACCCCAAGGUUCCACUUCUAGGCACGGAUCAGUGUGUCAUGGGCCCCAGCUUCUGGUGUAAGAGCCCGGAGGCUGCUGAGAUGUGUGAUGCUCUGGAGCACUGCCAGCGCCUUGUGUGGAAAAAGCCAGCUUCCCAAAACAGCGAGCAGCCAUGACUGUGGCCACCAGAACCCCAAGCCUGCCAGGGUUAAUCCCACCUGCAGCCUUUUGCCUCCCAAGGGGACCCUAUGAGGUGGGUACUAUCUCAUCCCCAUGUCAUAGAUGAAAAAACUGAGGCUCUGAGCAGGGAAUUAGGAGCAGAGCUAACAUUCAAAGCCAUGCUCUCCUGAUGCUGGACAGCUUUAUCUUUCUGUCUCUGCCCUCACUGCUGUCUCUAACAAACGGAAGGUCCCCUCUACCCCUGCCACAAACAGGAAGUCUUCUCACCCCUGCCCCAAUAAGCUACCCUCUCUUGCCAUGCUGUGAUGCUGAUGGCCUGGAGAAACCUGUCAGUGCCCUCCUGUGCAGGGUGAGCACCCAGCUCUGAGCCAAAGCAGUGGCAGGCAGGUCAGAUAGGUAAGGGUAGGGUCGAGGGACUGUCACUAGUGAGGCCAAUGGCCCUUGUCAAUAGCUAGGGGUGGAAGUUGGGUAUUCUCAGGCUGGGAUCUUUCAGGCUUGGCUUCCAGUAGUACAGCUGGGACAGGAGUGGUUCUGGACUUCUCUGGGGGAGGGUCCUGGGUCAUUGGCCACUACCCACAAGGGACAUUUGGACUUUAUAGGAUUCACCUAGGGGAAAUCUGUCUUUUCACCCAGACUCCAGCCACCCUGGUGCUAAGCAGUGUGGGGUGUACUUAAAAUCAGGAGAACAAACCCCAUUAGGUGAGCCCUGGGGAAGGCUCUGGGAUUGUAGAAUGUCUGUAGCAUGGGCAGCAAGCAAGCGCUCCACCCUAGUGAGCAGGCCCUUUAUCUGCUGAGCCUCAGUUUUCCAAUCUGUAGACUGGGAGGAUCGUGCCUGCCUCAUAGGGAUGUUGAGACAAUUCAAGUUCCUUCACUUAGAGACCAGCACCCAUUGACCCACCAGGAUCAGUAAAACCUACCUUGAGAAUUGACAGGGUCUCUGGGGAGUCUGACCAAGUAAGUGUCACAUAAA